UUCACUCCACGCCACACUGCUCGCGUCACUCUCCACGACAAACAAAGGAGAGGAGGUAGAAGAAAAGAGAGGAGUUCAGCUGACUGAAGCAGCAGCAGACACAAAAGCUACCCUCUUACAUCACCUUCAGGCUCUGCUGGAAUGGCCCUUAACUCGGAGUUCAUAGAAGGCACCGAAGCGGCCAACUCUCUCCAGUCUAUCUGCUACAAGCGUGGCUCGCUUCAGCUACUCGAUCAGAGGAAGCUACCUCUGCAAACCACAUACUUGGAUAUCCGAGACUCCACAGAUGGAUGGCAUGCGAUCAAAGAUAUGGUGGUGCGCGGUGCGCCUGCCAUUGCCAUUGCCGCAGCUCUGUCCUUGGCUGUAGAAGUGUUUAACUUGGAGGAUUUCAAUGGAACACCCGAUGAAGCGUUUUCUUUCAUUGUAAUGAAAUUGGAAUAUCUGGUCUCCAGCCGACCAACUGCUGUCAAUCUUUCAGAUGCUUCAGCUAAACUAAGACAAAUUGCAUCCACGGUAGCUGCUGCAACUUCGGAUGCGAAGAAUGUGUUUGAGGCUUUUAUAGAAGCUUCUGAAAUUAUGCUCAAGGACGAUGUUGCUUCAAACAAGGCUAUUGGGUCUUAUGGAGCAAGUUUCAUUCAGCACCUACUGGAAAACUCUAAGAGCAUUUCUAUGUUGACCCAUUGCAACACUGGCAGUCUUGCAUCAGCUGGUUAUGGUACUGCCCUUGGUGUUAUACGUUCACUUCAUACUGAAGGAGUGUUAGAAAGGGCCUAUUGUACAGAGACACGCCCAUUCAACCAAGGAUCCCGACUUACAGCAUUUGAGUUGGUGCAUGAUAACAUACCUGCCACUCUUGUAGUAGAUUCGGCUGCAGCUGCAUUAAUGAAAGAUGGACGUGUGAAUGCUGUAGUUGUUGGAGCAGAUCGUGUUGCUGCAAAUGGUGACACUGCGAACAAGAUUGGGACCUACAGUCUUGCCGUAAGCGCAAAGUACCAUAACAUUCCAUUUUUUGUCGCUGCACCACUCACUUCCGUCGACUUAGCUCUUUCUUCUGGACAAGAGAUAAUACUAGAGGAAAGAUCUCCAAAGGAAUUGUUGCACUCACAAGGGGGACUCGGGGAACAAGUUGCUGCAUCUGGAAUCUCUGUCUGGAACCCAGCGUUUGAUGUUACCCCUGCUAAUCUAAUUGCCGGCAUCAUAACAGAGAAGGGUGUCAUAACAAAAAAGGGCACCGAUGCUUUCGACAUAAAGGGUUUUGUUCAGAAGGCAGCCUUGCAGUCCGGUGCAUAGCAGAUGCUUCUGGGAUUGGAUGAAACAUACACCACUGGUUUAUUGCCGUGUAACUUAAUAUGAAGAGAGCUAUGCGCUAUAUAUGUCAAAUAAUUGGGAGAAUCAGUCUUUUACCCCAAGUAAUGACUUUUUUCCCAAAAUGUAAGCCGGCCAUUCUAUGAUAUUAUUGGUCGAUGUAAUAAGUACAAAGUUAAUAAUAAAUUAGAAAAGCAGCUGUUGUAGAUUUUAAGGCAAAUUUAUGUGGGUUUUUUGGGACCUUAGUCCAUGAAUGUGAAUGUUGUGUGUAUGUACCCUAAACAAUAUCAAUAUGUACGGGGCUUAUGGCCUGGGAUGUUUGUAGAGUCAAUAACAAGUUUCUUUGGGAUGAA